AAGCACUAUCUCAAUCUUAAGUAACUUCAAUCGAAGUCAUGCUGGAAAAGUUACGAAUUUAUUGCGGUACAACUGGUCUGCGAAAAUGCCUUCCAAUUUCGAUGGGAUCUUAUACGGUGGAUCUGUAUUGGAAAGUCUCGAAAAUGCAAAAUCAUUUGGCGAAUUCUGUUACAAUCGUUUAAAGCGACAUGGCCAAAAUGUACUCUACAUUAAUGGUGACACAUCAGAAAGAGUCACAGCAUCACAGCUGUUACUGGGUAGUAUUCGUGUAGCUGAAUGUCUCCAAAACUAUGGAAUACAAGCCGGAGACAGUGUGGCCAUAUGUUGUGAAAAUCGGUUUGAGGUUCCAUACAUUAUGUUCGCUGUGUUCUUCAUUGGUGCAACGUAUGUGCCACUGAAUCCAACUUAUACAGAGAGAGAACUGUUACACGUAUGUGGUUUCUCUCAUCCCAAAAUUAUUUUUGCGUCCCAUCAAACAAUUAGCAAAGUAAAGCAGGUCAUCAAAGAGACUAAGUCGGUUAAAAAAGUGUUUGUUUUCGGUCAUAAAAUUGUUGGAAGUAACUUCGAUACUUUCAAUACUUUCGUUCAAAAUAAACUAGCACCAACAAAUGUGGACUUUGUUUGCCCACCGCAGAACAUGAUGGAGAAUAUUGCACUUGUUUUCUGUUCAUCUGGGACAACUGGCGUUCCAAAGGGUGUCCAAAUCACACAAUACAAUGUUUGGUUUUCAAUUUCGGACAGCAUUAUCGAUGUCGAGCCCAACGAAUGCUUCCUAUCUGUAUCGCCAUGGACGCAUAUAUUUGGUUGCUAUUCUCUCACUCGAACCGCAGUUCAUUGCAGGCUAACUGUUUACCUGCCAAAAUUCGAAGAAAAAAAAUAUCUGAAAUGCAUUGAGACUCACAAGGUGACAAUACUGAUUGUGGUGCCUCCAAUAAUGGUCCUACUGUCGAAGACAUCGCUUCUCGAUAAAUAUGAUAUGUCGAGUGUUAAAUAUGCGGUCUCAUCGGCGGCUCCACUCAACAAAGAAACUGUCGAAGCUGUUCGGAAGCGCCUGCCACAGCUAUUAACGCGACAAGUGUAUGGAAUGAGUGAGGCUGGAACUUUCUGUGUGCAAACUGUUAAUCAUUGUAAGCCGGGUAGUGUAGGUGUGCUUCGUACAGGUGUCUAUGGGAAAGUUACAGACACGGAGACGGGUAAAGUUCUCGGUCCGAAUUCAUCUGGCGAGCUGCUUUUUAAAAGUGCUGGAGUAAUGAAGGGAUAUGUCGGUGAUAGUGACGCCACGAAAGCUAGUUUCGAUCAUGAUGGCUGGCUGCAUACUGGAGACGUCGGAUUUUAUGACAACGAUGGGGAAUACUUCAUUGUGGAUCGUUUGAAGGAAUUGAUUAAAUACAAUGCGUUCCAAGUGCCUCCUGCAGAACUUGAAGCGCUGAUUUUAACACAUCCAAAUGUGAAAGACGUUGGCGUUAUCGGUGUUCCAGAUGAAGCUGCUGGUGAGCUACCGAUGGCAUUUGUUGUCAAGCAAGGAGAUUGUACCGAAAAAGACAUUAUCGACUUUGUUGCCUCCCGGACAUCUGCAGCCAAAAGACUUCGGGGAGGAGUAAAAUUUAUUGCGGAGAUUCCGAAAAAUCCGACUGGAAAAAUAUUGCGACGUGUUCUAAGAGAUUUAAUCAAAACUCAAAGAUCGAAAUUGUAAAAUAAAAAAUUGAUUGCAGUGAAA